CGUCGAUGUCAUCGGAAGUGUGUAGAAAGUUUUUGACAAGAUCGGAUAGAGUCAAAUCGGUGGACCUCCAUCCCACUGAACCGUGGUUAUCUGCUGCUCUCUAUACUGGAGACGUUCAGAUAUGGAAUUUUGAAAGCCAAGAACUUGUGAAGUCUUUGAAAGUAGGUUUGCGAUUCGCCAGUGCGUGCCGUCAAGUUUUUUCCAAGUAAAACUUGGAUUGUGACCGGGUCAGAUGACAUGCACGUCGAAAUCUACGACUACACCACAUCGCUCCUAGUUCACCAGUUUCGGGCUCACUCAGACUACCUCAGGUGGGUGGAC